ACUCACAAUUCCUUAGCUACGAUUAAAGGUUAGUAACUAAUCAUAGACUUGGAAAUUAAAAAAAUCGUUUCUGACGCUUCCACGUGUAGGAAAAUGUCUUUCUGCUCGAAAACUGGCAAUUACAGCAAUUCUUGUCGUACAUGAAGGCAGCAUCAGACUCACAGUCGGACCAGCGUGUGUGGAGAAGCUCGGCUCUGUUACUCCAGUGAACAGUAAUAAAUAAAGCCUCAAAAGUUUGUUUGGCAUCGUCAAAAGAACAAGAGUUAGGACAGGGACGCAAACAGCUCACCAGGAGUCUAAUACAGAGCCAGGCACCCAACCUUAAUUAUUAUUAAACUACACAGGCUGCUUAUAAUUAGGCUAGAAAAAAGCAGGACAUUUCCAACAGGAACAAAGUUGUUUUCAGAAAGACUUCUGAUGAUCAUUGAUUUAUAUACACAAGAAAGAGUAAUGAUAUCAGAGUACUGAGCUUGAUUUCUUGGUUAAAUUAAGAUAAUAAGUGAUGUCGCAUAACUUUACAGCCCUCUCAAGUGCACUCCGUUCUCAAUCACUUCCUCAAAGUGCAUGACUGUGGCUGCGUCCCAAACAGCGCACUCCUCUACUACAUAGUGUCCUGUCAUAACAGCAGGCCACUCUAUGUUCCUUUAGUUACCAUAGGUAGCCUGCCUAUUUUCCUGGAUUUUGCACGCGGUUUGAGACGGGGGCAGUUAGAUUUGGUUGAGAGCAGCACCACUGACUCAGCCACUUCUUCCAGCUGUGUGAGGUGAAACCAAGACACUGACAGUGAGUUGGACGGCAAACUGGCUGGAGUUACGCAUAACUAAGGAGAACUUGAUCAAGGAUGUAUGGGCCAUUCAGUGUCCGCCGGGAGCGCGUUCCUGACCUCUCCUGCCUGCAUCAGUACAGCGAGUGGUUGGCCAGCAGGCAUAAAGCCAGCUUACUUCCCAUGAAGGAAGACCUCGCUCUGUGGCUCAACACUAUUCUGGGAAUUAAUAUAACAGCAGAGAACUUCAUGGACAUGCUGGAGAAUGGAGUUGUGCUCUGCCAGCUGGCUGAAGAGUUACAGGAGCGGAUGAUUCUGGCUAGCAAUGGCAAGCCCUUCAUCCGACGUGUUAUUCACUGGAGAGCUAACGCAGCUCCUGGUUCAUUUUUUGCCCGAGACAACACAGCCAACUUCCUGUACUGGUGCCGUAAAAUUGGCAUAGGCUCGUCCCAUCUUUUUGAGUCAGAUGAUCUGGUUCUCCGAAGGCAUCCACGGGAUGUGUGCCUGUGCCUCAUGCAGCUUGGGAGAAUUGUUUCAAAAUAUGGUGUCGAUCCACCCGGUCUGGUCAAACUGGAGAAGGAGAUUGAGAAAGAAGAAUUUGGUUCUUUAUCCCCAUCCAUGUUCUUUGCUUCACCAUUACCCUCUCCCUCCAGUCCUCUAUUCUUUCCCCCUGCUCCAUCACCACCUCCUUCUUCCCCUCCUUGUCCCUUUCCUGUCUCAAUCUCUCCAUCCACACCACCUGCUUCUCCACCUCCAACCCCUCCUCCAGAGAUCACCUCUGCCCCAGUCCUGCAACCUGAACCUGAACCCGAACCAGAACCAGAACCAGAACCUGAAACCGAACCAGAACCUGAACCUGAGCCCGAGCCCGAGCCUGAUCCUGAGCCAGAACCUGAGCCUGAACCUGCUCCUGAACCUGAACCUGAGCGUAUCUCACCUAUUCCCCAGUCACCUGUUCAAACACCCACGUCCACUUCCACCUCACGCCACUUGAGUAAAUCCAAUGGAAAAAAGAGCAAAGACAGUCUACUGGAUGAUAUAGUGAAGCAGAUUUCAGAAGAUCCACCAUGCAGAUGUGAGGUCCGGUUCUGCAUUGAGAAACAACCCAAAGGCCGCUACCGAAUGGGUGAUAAAGUGCUGUAUGUGAGGAUGCUGAAUGAUAAGCAUGUUAUGGUGCGUGUUGGUGGAGGUUGGGAAACACUCGGGACGUACCUGCUGAAGCAUGACCCAUGCAGGGCAGCUUCGCUGAAAUCCUGCAAACCCAACAAGUCAUCACACAGCACCAAGGAGACUUCACGGGACAGUUACCUGGAUGUAGGCACUCCCUCACGCCUCAGAAAACAAAUGUCACAUCCUUGACUUAUGCAGAAGGUAACAGACACAAGCAAUCAACAGUCACGUCUUGUACUGCUGUCUCUGUUGUAUUGUCAGGUUCAGGGUGGAGAAAUCAACAGGUAAGGCGGAGACGGGGAUUUGGAAAGGAAACUGAUGGCCCAGGUGGCUUAAAAGAGCAUUCAGCAUUAGUACAAUGGGAAAAAUAUUUGUAUAGGAUAUUACAAGUGAGUGCCUCAAAGCCUAAAAAGCAUAAGGGCAGGAUCUCUCUCUCUCUCUCUCUCUCUAUCAAAUCUAUCAUCCAUACAGAAUUGAGUUCACAUUACAAAAACUUUACUUCAGUCUUUUGUUUCUUAUGUCUAGCAUCUGGAUGAACAUGUAAAAUUGUGCAGCUGAGUGGCUAAUUACCUAUUUUUGUUUAAGAAUAUAACGCCCUCAAUAUUUUUUCUUACAAAUGCCAUAUGUAUAUUUCUAAAUGUAUAUUUUAGAUUUAUAUGUGUCUAUAUCACGCUACCUUUUGGUACAAAGAAAUGUACACAGAAAAAAUGUUACACA